AUGAACACAAUCAUUGACGAGCGUGGUUCAUUCGCUGUGACCAGUCCCUUUCCAGGCCGACUAGGAGUCAUCUUGAAAUCAUUGAAAAAGUUACCAGCAAGGGUUGCUUUAUCUGGGGAUGUUCUUCCUCUCAAAGAAGAUAAGGCAAAGUCACUGGCAGAAAAACUUAACGAAAUCAUACUAUCUGAGCAAAAAUCAACUGAAGAGUUCAGUUACAGUGUUUCUGGAGUACUAAGUUCUAGUGGUAGCAGUACAUCACGAAGUGAUAAUCUUCAGCAACUAUUGGGAAACACCGAAAGAUAUUCUGUAUAUAGAUUUAAAACAAGAUCUUGCACAUUUAUUGAUGGCCAUGGAAGCACUUUUGACGUGGAUGUUGAAGAUUUAGGAACAUCCAAAGCUGAUCUAUUAGCUCCAUUUUCAGCAAAGUUGAUUGACGGGAUUAACCAAAGCGAGACUAGGCGUAGAGCCCUUGUGCUUUUAUGUUUUGUUUACAUGAAUGCCAAUGCAAAGGAUGCUUACGUAACAUCCGUUGAUCGCAAGGGGUUUGAUGUGCUGGCAAAAGUUACUGGUCCAGUUUUGAAAGACGGUGUUGGUCAGUAUCAAUGGAAAGAGUUCAGGUUCAUGUUCGAGCAAGACGCAAACGAUGUUGAAAUGUUCUGCAAUCAACUAGUUGAAAUGGAAGAGGAGGUUGUCAAUAAGGUUUCAGUCUCUAGUGGACUAAACUAA